AUGUUUGUUGAUGAUGAGCAACGAACUGUAACAGAGUUUGUAUAUUGCUUUUUAUUUUCCUCUGCAGCCAUCAACAUCACCCGGGCCAGGUUCAGUGGGAAUGAUGAGUUUGGGUACACCUCAUUCAUAGCGUACUCCUCCAUCCCCAGUCUCAGUGUCUACUACGAGUUCCAACUGAAACUAACGUUCGCCGACAGAGCAUCAGCUCUGAAGGACAACCUCAUCCUCUUCUCUGGACAGAAAGGACAGGGCAUUGAUGGAGAUGACUUCCUAGUUCUGGGGGUUCGGAAUGGCAGAAUUGUUCACAAGUUCAACCUUGGAUCUGGUGUGGGAACCAUGGUCAGCGACCGGCUGAACCGUGAGAUCGAUAUCCACACUGUGAACUUUGGCAGAUCUAAGAGAACAGGAUGGUUAAAGGUGGACGGACAGAGAAACAGGACAGGCUCUUCUCCAGGCCACCUGGCAGGUCUCAACGCGCAAAGCCAAGUCUUUGUAGGAGGAUAUAAUGAAUAUACUCCUGAACUACUGCCCCUCGGAUCCAGGUUUCGCAAUGGCUUUCAAGGUUGCAUAUUUGAUCUGGAGUUUAGGACGAGGAGAGACGGGAAGUUCAUAGCGUUGGGGAAGCCUGAGGGUCAUCCGAACUCUGGCCGUAGCGUGGGUCAGUGCGGGGUCACACCCUGCACCCUGGUGACAUGCAGAAACGGAGGGACCUGUGUGGACUCUGGAUCCUCUGUCUACUGCCAGUGCCCAUUCGGCUGGAAGGGAGCACUCUGCUCUGAGACCGUGUCUGUAUGCGACGCUGAACACCGUCCCCCUCCCUUGUGUGCCCGUGGUUCCACCUGCGUACCCCUUCCAGACGGAUACACCUGUCUCUGCCCCUUGGGCACCGGCGGACUGCACUGUCAGCAAGCUUGA